AUGGCUGAUCGAGACUUCACCGGGAUUUGGCGUGGCCAAAGUGGGAUUCGUAAUUUUGCCACCGGGAUCACAGACCUCCUGGUUUCAACCUUCACCGAGGAUGGUGCUCUGUCAGUGGCUGUGAAGAUACUGAGACAGAUUAACUGCAACUUUCUGGCACAUAGUCUAGUCAUGGAGGCAGGGGGACAGUCCUUCAUGCCUGGUUUCAGCGGCAGUUCUAUCUCAAAACAGCACCAUGUGGAUUCAUGGAAAGAUUACCUGAUCCAUGAUGUGAGCGAUGUUGAACCAAUUUUGGACGAGCUCCUUACCAAGGGGGUUAUUGAACAGGAAAGCUUUGAUAAAAUCAGCGCUCCAACCUCGGAGGACAAGAUGAGGGAGCUCCUUGAUGGUCAUCUGAAAACUGUUGAAGACAAAGACAUCUUCUACAACAUCAUUAAGAAAUGGUUGCCAAAGAUAACAUAUAAAGGAGCAAGAGUGUUUCAGCAGUCGUCAGUAGUUGACACCAACAGAGUCCAACACAAGAGCCGUAUGCCGUUUGCCCCUGCUAUAAAGAUAGGUAGGCCUAUUAUAGUCAACUCACUCACAAGUGAAAUAUCCUCUGUGGGUGAAUGGAUUAAAGUUGAGCCUGAAGUGAACUGUGUGGAUGCAGGGGAUGCUCCAAUUUACAGCCUACAGUCUGAAGCAGGUCAUUUUAAAUGCAGUGUCUCUGGCUUACGCUGGGUUUGUAAGGAAAAGGUCAGCUUCAGGUACCAGUUUGGCUCUUGGGAGGAACACAUGGAGAGACUGGAAACCAUGCACUACAUCCCUGCAGGCCCCCUACUGGACAUUACAGUAAUUGCUGGAAAGUUAGACCAAGCUUAUCUGCCACACUGGAUCUGCACAGAAGACAACCCUACAAUUUUAGGCAAGUUUGCAGUCCUACACAUAAAGGCCUGUGGAGACGUUGUGGAACCAGUGUCUGAGGUCACACCAUCCCAUGUAAAGUUGUCCCAGCCAAUUUUCUCUCCAAGAGGAGUCCUGAUGAGAGCUGGGUUUCGAGUGAAAAUGAACUGUAAAGUGUUAAUAUACAAGACCAACAAAGCAUUCCUAACACUACAUGUUUAUCUGAUCCCUCGUGAUCCCGGUCUACAACAGACAAUAAAAAACAAGGAAUUAUCCAGCGGAUACAAAAUAAUCCAAAAGCCAUACCCAGAGAAGUCCCUGAAAAUGCGCGAACGUUUUAUCCUCACAGCCGAUAUGGACCAUGCAGAAAUUUACCCUGAGAAAUUAUAGCUCAUAUACGAAGGCGGUGACCCAAACUUCUUUGAAGUGUUCAUUGAAAAUCCAGACAGUCAUUUCCAGCUCACACUCAGACA